GUUCUGUGUCAUCUUUGUCACCGUUGCUUCAGGCAGCUGUGUUAAUUGUACAGCAGGUACAAAGAGGCAUUGGAUUAGCAAAGUCUUUUUACAGAGCCUGUUGGGAAGUUUAUGGCCGCUCACAACAACUGCAGAUUAACCAGAAGCUUGUGUCAGAAUUGGUUGCAAAGCAUGCUUCAUCUCUGGUUUCCCAUGAAACUUGGGGUGACUCCUUGCUAGCAAUGGGAUUGUGGCCAGACUCCCUACCUACAGGUCUGUUUGCAGCUGAAGACUCGCUUCUUUCAACAGUCCAGAGAGAUGCACAGGUCCUAAUGUAUUGUCUGAAUAGACUAAACCUGAAGAACUGCAGGACACUACCACUGACUCUGCAAGAUCUUAAAAAAAUUAUGCAGUCCACUAAUCCUGAGAGUCUUGAAUUCAGUGCUGUUGAGAUAGAUGCAAACUGGAUGGAUAAAAUGGAAGUUCUCCAGGCUUCAGUAAAAUUGUUCGUAGAAAAGGCAACCAAUCAAGAUUGGACACUGAGAGUUAAAUGGCUUAACUCCUUAGCCAAAAAUCUGCCACAGGUGCUUGAUCCAGUGCGGAUUCAGCUGGAAGCAGGUGCCGUAGCCCUUGGUAGUUUCUAUGCCAGUUCCCUCUCAUCUGGAGUCAGUAACAUGAUCAAGUUGCUACAGCCAACUAUGACAGAUGAACAUGUGAUGCCUCUGGACCCGAGAUGGAAUAUGCAGUUUUUGGAUAUCAUUAGAAAUUCGAUGAACUUUGAUACGGAAAUGGAACACACAGAUCAGCUUCUAAUCCUUUUGAAGUCUGUAGCAAAUCGGGCAGUAUUAUUUCUUGACCGAGAAAAAAGAAGCUACACUGAGAAGAAUUUGAUUGCCAACAAGAAGCCAAGAAAUAGUGUCUUAAGAAUGUCUCUAGAUUUUCGCAAAGAUCCAGGAAGUUACAACUGCCUGCCUCAUGCAGUCGUGGUCAACCUUGCUGCUUUCUUUGAACUUUGGGAUGCGUUUGUGUUUCACUGGGUGAAGUCUACUCAGGUGGCCUUAAGCGAUGAUGACGUGCAUGAUAUUUUAUACUGCUUGCUGUGGCGUGACCGUUUCUGGGCUGUCUCUGACACUCUGACAGUGGAUUCGCCAGGGUUGUCACUUCUGUCUCUGCACUGGCACUGGGUUAUGAAACAUCUAAUUGACAGAAUUCCUCAGAUGCUUAUCGGAUCAGACCAGCACAAGGUUUCCAAGGAAAUUCAGUCUGUUUCACAGCAGAUUCAGAGCUGCUUGGCCAAUCCUGCUGGUAUGUCUGCCAAUAUGAAGAUAUUACAGAAGUCUAUAGGAAGACCUCUUCCUUUUAAGGAUAAACUGGGCAUGGAAUGUUUUUCUCAGUUACAAGUUAUCAGCAAACCACUUAACGUCUUGGAGCUAAGAUUGGUCCCUGGAGAAAGCAGAUGGCAGGAAAAAAUGUGCUGUCUGAAAAUUGCUGCCACUGGGUGGAAGAUGAAGAAAGCGUUGCUGCAAGCUGAUGGCCUGAUAAUUAGAGCUAAUCAUUCAGAGGAUGUUAGUCUAGGUCAACUAAAAAUUUUUUUGAAAGCUGUACAUUCACAACUGAAAGCAGAAGGAGUUAUAUAUAGUUAUUCAGAAGAAAGGUUUGCUGAAGAUACUGUCUCCAACCAGUUAGACUCUGCCCUGUUAAACCAGCUCUGCAGUAGGAUUCAGCUGUGGCCUGCGAUGGAAUACAUAGGCAUGCUCUGGCAGUACAAACUGACAGCAGAUUUUGUGGCCAAGGCUUGUGCAAGAAGGGAGAACUGCAGUCAAGAACUAAGCAGAUGUUCAGAUCUCGUUCAGCUUAUAGCUUUUUUCCUGAAGUUGACACCAGCCGCUUCUCACCAGCUCUCUGGACUGUGGCACUUGUUACACCUUAAUGAAAUAUCCCCAGAAGAAGUGUCUAUUCUGUCAUUUCAACUAGUUAAUGCUGCAUUAGCAUCCUUUUGGAGAAGUACUUUCACCACAGACCCAGACUACUGGUUGACUUGGAGGCCGCUACCUGCAACAGAGGAAAAGAACUUUUCUAAAUCCCAUAUGAACUGUUCCUUGAAGGGCCCAGGUAUUUUGACCCGAGCCGUUUUCUCAAAGUGCUUCUUUGAAAUUCUAACUAGCAGCAGCAAGACAAGCCAGUGGGAUGUGAGUGGGCUUCCUGUUCUGUCAUCAUCCCAUGUGACACUGGGAGAAUGGAUGGAGAGAGCACAGCAACUUCAUGAAGCCAGCACAGCAUUGUGGACCAACCUGGCUGUCUCUUCAAUAGCAAAUUUUAGAUACACAGAUGCUAGACUACAAGGAAUAAUGCUAGGCAGACAGCUCUCUGCCCUGGUAGAUCUGGUUCCAAUGGAUCUUCAAGAGGAAUUUUUGGAGUGCUGUGAGAAACUCUACCUCAAAGAUCCUGUUGAAUAUGAGUACCUUCUCAAGAUACUUAGAAGCAUCACUGAUCAGGAGUUACUUCCUAAAGAAUUCCUGUUUCUCCUGCUUACUUGCUUGCAGCAGUUCUUUGGGGAAGGGCUUAAGGAGUUACCAGAGACAGCUUGGAGAGGAAGCCUCUGGGUGAAUAUUGGUUUGGUGCAGAUCCAGGUGUGGCUUCCGCAGACCAGGUUUGAUCCAGCUGUUAAAAGAGAGUACAAGCUCAAGUAUAUGAAAGAAGAGUUAUACCAGCUGGAGUGUGAAUGGAAAACAAAUGAUUUGUCGUCCCAGCUGCAUACAGGAAAAAGUAUUGAAGAUGAAGCAGUCAACAACUAUAUUCAUCCCCAUCUCAGACUGUUGCAUGAAAGAAUGCAAAGGUUGAAGGAGCAAGUAAGCAGUCUUUCCAGAAAAAAGGCCUUCAGGCCUCCAUCUCCACCCUAUGAUUGCUUAUACCAGGAGGCUCAUCAGUACAUCAACAGCAUAGCACGAAUUUCUUCAGUCCAAGAUCUUUUAGCCCGUCUUCUGCAGUUCCUCCGUGGGGAAGGACCUAAAUCACUCCAGGCAAUACAAAACCUGUUAAAUGAAGAAGCAUCAUGGCAGCAAUCACACCAUCAGUUUCGGAAACACCUAGCAGAGCAAUAUGCUAUGUUCCCUGAUGCCAUCAUUCCACUGCAAGCUGCCAUCUUACAGCUGCAACAUGGCAUGCGAUUAGUGGCUUCUGAAGUUUAUUCAGUGCUCAAAUGUUUUGUGCGUCCAGCUGAUCUCACAAACCUCCUCGCUUCUUUGUUAACGUUUCCUUCUGUUGGCCGUGCCUUCCCCACUUACUUUGCUCGUGCAGAAAUUUUAUGCUCAGUCAAUUCAGUUGAGGUCCUUCAUGGACUUAAAAAGUUUUCUCUGAAGCACUCUGAUGGAGAAUCUGAGGGAGCAGAGAAGCCUUGCCCAACUCUGGAACAGCUCCUAGUGAAUGCUUUGUUGCAUCUUCGAUGCCAUGUACUAUCCAGAGGAGAGAUGGACCAGAAAUCUCUGCAGCUUUUUAGACAUCUGUGUCAGGCGAUUAUAAAUGAAUGGGAUGAACAGGAACGGCGUGCCCAAGAGCGGGAGGCAAUGGAACGCAGCCUGUACAGAUACAGAAGUAAACGUCAUGGGAAAGGACAGAGUGAGGAAGAGGAGGAAGAAGAAGAAUUUAGGAGGAGAUUUCCCUUUCAUGAAAAGGACUUUGAAGAUAUCACAGCUCAGCCAAGCCUAGAAGAAACAAUGGAAACUGAAGAUCCACUGGAAGAGCAGCCAGAAGUUGAUAGAGCCCUUUUGUCCAAGAGCUCUAUGCAAACAGUAAUGAUGGUUCAUCAACAGUUGUGCUUAAACUUUGCUCGAUCCCUCUGGUAUCAACAGAGUCUACCUUCUCAUCAAGCCAAACAUUAUUUCAGUACAUUUAUUUCCUGCUAUCAGACUGGUGCAUGUCUGGUGUCACAGUUCUAUCCUUUAAUUGGUGCCGAAAUGAAUGAUAGUCUUUUGGGAAGCCAGCUUCUAGUUAGCACUCUUCUUCACAAUACCUUUUUUGAGGAAUUAACUUCAGAUCUUGUGCUGCAGCAAGAUGGCCCGUAUGACUUCUACCAGCAUCCUAAUAUUCAGGAAGUCCGACAGUGCCAACCUGUACUUGAUAACCUUGCUAAAGAAGUAAAUAGGCUACUGCAGGAAUGGCCAGAGCAUCCAGUACUUGUGCAGCUGUUGGUUGUGAUGGACAGAAUCCAGAGUUUUCCACUCUCUAGUCCUCUCUCAAAGUUCCUGAAUGGCUUGGAAAUUCUUCUUGCAAAGGCACAGGACUGGGAGGAAAAUGCUAGUCGAGCUUUGUCCUUGCGGAAACAUCUUGAUUUGGUCACACAACUGAUUAUUCAGUGGCGUAGAUUGGAGUUAAAGUGCUGGUCAGUAAGUUUGGACAAUAUUAUGAAGCAACAUGUAGAGAAAUCUACAAAGCACUGGUUCUCAAUCUAUCAGAUGAUUGAGAAGUAUGUUCAAGAACAGACAGAGGCAAACACAGAUGAAACUGAGAAAAUGGAUCUGAAAACGCUGGUCAGCACGCUACAAGCUUUCAUUGAAGGAUCUACGCUGGGAGAGUUUCAUGCACGACUUCAAGCACUACUGGUUUUCCACUGCCAUGUCUUGCUGAUGCCUCAAGGAGCAGAAAAGGAUGUUCUGUGCAGCAUCCUGUGGAAUCUGUACAAUUAUUAUAAGCAGUUUUCAGAGUGUGUUGAGGCCAGAAUCACUGAACUUCGUCAACCUAUAGAAAAGGAACUUAAGGAAUUUGUGAAAAUUUCCAAGUGGAAUGAUGUCAGCUUCUGGGCUAUAAAACAAUCAGUUGAAAAAAUACGCAGGACCCUUUUUAAAUUCAUGAAGAAGUUUGAAGUUGUUCUGAAUGAGCCAUGUCGGCCUGCCUUGGUGGAAAUUGGUAAGGAAGAGCAGCUAGACUGCUUGCAAAAGCAGGAAGAAUCUGAGGACAAAGAGACCAAAGUUCAGAGGCUAAACAACACAUUAAGAAAAAUUCUGUCUGCGAAAACAGACGUUGCCAAGAGGGCACUCCCAGAAGAAUGCCAGGAUGGCAUUACGUUUCGUACAGAAUCCCUUCAGUAUCGUCUGCCUAAGCUUACUAAGAAAAUGAAGAAAAUGUGUGGUAUCAUUGUUUCUGUAGUUGAACUGCAAAAUUUAACAUUUGAUCAGACAGCAGAUAAGGAGAAGCAGAAAUCGGAGGCAAAGCAUAUUCAGAUGCAGAAGCAACGGGCUUUGUCCGAUCUCUUUAAGAGCCUUGCUAAGACAGGUUUGUCUUACCGGAAAGGUCUGUCUUGGUCCCGUUCAAAAGACUAUCAUGAAACACUCUACCUACGACCGCUGGAUUUGCGUACCGCAUUAGGUGUAGUAAAUUGUACACAUGAACUGGAUGGCACGUUACUGACAGAGAUUUCUUCUGCCUGGGAUGGUUGCCAGAAGUACUUCUAUCGGUCACUUGCACGCCACUCUAGACUUCAGACAGCGUUGUUAGCACCUGCCAAGGAUAUCGGACUAGGUAGCAUUGAACGAUGCAAAGGAUUCGCUGCACACCUCAUGCAGAUGCUUGUUAGACAAAGACGAUCUCUCACUGCAUUGACAGAACAGUGGAUCUUGCUGAG